AUGUCUCCAACAUGUAUUAAAAGAGGCAGAAGCCGAGAAGAUAUAAUCAGCAACUUGCCAACUGAUGUAAUAUACUGCAUUCUAGGGAAAAUGCCUAUACGUGAUGCUAUAAGAACGAGUGUUCUAUCAAAGAAGUGGAGAUUUUGUCACUUAUACAUUCCGGAGUUAGUUUUUGAUGAAGAAUUCUGCAAAGAACUAAAAAGCAUUGCAAGAAAGAAAUCAUGUGUAUAUCAAUUUGAUGAAUACCGUGAAUAUAUGUAUCAAUUUGAUAAAAUUGUCACCAAGUCUCUUAUGCUUCAUCUUGAUCGAAUAGAGAGAUUUAAAGUUUGUAUUCCUGAUUUCAAGUCAGGUUGGAGGGUUCUUGAUGUGAACAAAUGGAUAUUAUACUUGUUUUCGAAGAACAUCAAGAAACUAACCUUAAAGCACAAGAGCGGACAUAUUGAACAUCUUAGGUUACCUCCUUAUUUCUUUUCUUGUCUGGACUUGACGUACUUGAAGCUCCAAAAUUUUGUCCUUUCUCCACCACCGGAGUUUAAAGGCUUCCCUAAUCUCGAACAACUGAUACUUAUUGAGGUUGAUCUUCCAAACAUCUGUUUUGAAAGUAUUCUUUUCGGCUGUCCUGUUCUUGAAAGGCUAGACUUGCACUGGUGCUCUGGUAUUCAUCAUUUUAAUAUCAGCGGUUCUAAUCUCAAGACGUUGCGUGUUAAGGAUGAUGAUGAGUUUGAAUCUAUCUGCUUAGUAGACGCUCCAAACUUGACUGAAGUUUCAGUUAGUCUAAGAGGGGAAUUUCUGAAAGGCAAUCCUAUCUCUGAUUUGAUUAUGUUUAUGGAAAGGUUAUCUAAAGUCAGAAUACUUCAUCUUAAUGGCAAGUUUCUGCAG